AGGGGAUUGUGCGUUUUGAUACUCUGUCAUCUCUGUCCUCCCUAGUAUGUCCGGUUUUCUUAUUAGGGCAUAAACUUGUAUGAAAAAAAGGAGUCUUUUGGAGGCAGGGAAAGAGGAGGAGGGAAAAAUAUACACUGACAUUUGAAAAAGGAAAUUGAAAAAUCUCCAUUUCUCAGUCUGAGAAAUCUGAAGCAAUUAUAAGGAGCUGGAGAGACCUGUAUAUUCAUCCAUUAAUAUUUAGCAGGAAAUACAGAGCUAUUUUGUUUUUAAAUAGCAUAUUAACACCACAUAGUAAUUUUAACCAUGAAAACCAUAACAUAUCCUCCAAAUGCCAAUUUUUAUGGACUUCAGGCAGGUAGAACUAUUUGACUGAUGGAGUCUGUAGCUUACAAGCUGAUCAAAUCGAAUAGAGGCCCGAAAAUGAGAAAUAAUACAUAAGAUACCUACUCCACUUCUGGAUAUAAUACCUUUUUUUUUCUUUUGGUUAAAGAAUUAUUUCUGUAAUGAAUGGAGUGAUACAGACAACCUAAUAAAUAACAAGUGUCCCAUUGUGAUUUUUCUUGCUGUAGUUUCCUUGCAUAAAGUGGAUGCAAGAUCCAUAUGUAAAAUACAACCCAGGACUAAAAUGCUGAUUGUUGCUCUUUUAACUUUCCCUAGCAGAAUAGCACAGAUGGUGAACUUUACCUUUGUUAUUUGGAGCACAGGUUCAUACUUUCAGUAUUCUGUUAGUGUGAAUCAAAAGAGGAUUUUACAAGAUAUGACCCGAUAUAUUUUUAAUUCAGGUAGUCUCUGGUGUUGCUGUUUUUCUUCACCUCUUCUUUCUUCUCUCUUUUCUGUUCUCGCCAUGUUCCCUACCUCUUUUUCUGUAUAUAUGUGUGUGUGUGUUUUAUUUUGGGGUGUUUUUUGUUCUUACCUUGGCUUCUGUCUCUCCCUGGGAUGUAGUGAUGCACUGUCUUGGUGACCUGUGUAGUCAGAACCUUUGAGGUUCAGAUUAGCUCAAGGUUCAUCUGGCUUUCGUGGUAUUUCAAAGAAUGGCUGUGGCACUUGAUGCAAAGGAUCCUAAGAGCCAUCUGAACUCUGAAGAUGCCAGCUAUAGAGGGCACAGCUGCUUCAGAGGAAAAGCUGGGGGGAAUGGAAAGUAGGCAUAUUGAGAAGUCAUCAGGUUUGGAUGUAGGAAGAAAGAAGUACUGAGAGAAUACAUCAAAACAUGGAGGCCGCGGUAUUUUCUGUUGAAGAACGAUGGCACCUUCAUUGGCUACAAGGAACGGCCACAGGAUGUUGACCAGCGGGAAUCACCUUUAAAUAACUUCUCAGUAGCUCAGUGCCAGCUGAUGAAGACAGAGCGACCUAAACCAAACACAUUUAUCAUUAGAUGCCUCCAGUGGACCACAGUAAUUGAAAGAACAUUUCAUGUGGAGACUCCAGAGGAGCGGGAAGAAUGGACAAAAGCCAUCCAAACAGUAGCAGACAGCCUCAAGAAACAAGAGGAAGAGAUGAUGGAUUUCAGAUCUGGCUCUCCUAGUGAUAAUUCAGGUGCCGAAGAAAUGGAAGUUUCUAUGACAAAGCCAAAACACAAAGUGACCAUGAAUGAGUUUGAAUACCUUAAGCUACUGGGAAAAGGCACUUUUGGAAAGGUCAUUUUAGUUAAAGAGAAAGCAACUGGACGGUAUUACGCUAUGAAAAUUCUGAAGAAGGAAGUUAUUGUAGCAAAGGAUGAAGUAGCGCACACGCUCACAGAAAACCGGGUUUUACAGAACUCUCGGCACCCGUUCCUAACAGCUUUAAAGUAUUCCUUUCAGACACACGAUCGCUUGUGUUUUGUUAUGGAGUAUGCUAAUGGAGGGGAGCUGUUUUUCCAUCUGUCAAGAGAGCGUGUCUUCUCUGAAGAUCGAGCUCGGUUUUACGGGGCUGAGAUUGUUUCAGCGCUGGAUUACCUGCAUUCAGAGAAGAAUGUGGUUUAUAGAGAUUUGAAGUUGGAAAAUCUAAUGCUGGAUAAAGAUGGACACAUAAAAAUAACAGACUUUGGAUUAUGUAAAGAAGGCAUCAAGGAUGGAGCAACAAUGAAGACUUUCUGUGGCACUCCAGAGUAUCUUGCACCAGAGGUUCUGGAGGAUAAUGACUACGGCCGUGCAGUGGACUGGUGGGGUUUAGGAGUUGUGAUGUAUGAAAUGAUGUGUGGCCGGCUCCCUUUCUACAAUCAGGACCAUGAAAAGCUCUUUGAGCUCAUCCUUAUGGAGGAGAUCAGAUUUCCACGCACAUUGUCACCUGAAGCAAAAUCCCUCUUGUCGGGUUUGCUGAAGAAAGACCCUAAGCAAAGGUUAGGUGGCGGUCCUGAUGAUGCCAAGGAGAUUAUGCAGCACAAAUUCUUUGCUGGCAUUGUUUGGCAAGACGUAUAUGAGAAAAAGCUUGUACCUCCAUUCAAGCCACAAGUUACAUCUGAAACAGAUACAAGAUACUUUGAUGAAGAAUUUACAGCACAGAUGAUAACAAUCACUCCUCCUGACCAAGAUGACAGCAUGGAUUGUGUAGAUAACGAGAGAAGACCUCAUUUUCCUCAGUUCUCCUACUCAGCCAGUGGAACCGCUUAAUGUUUUGCCAUUCAGAAACAAAACAGACUGCAUUUUGGGGACCUUACUUCAAUGGACACUAGAGAACUUUCUAUAUUAUCAAGUUACAAACUGUGUUUGUAUUACGACUUAGAUGAAUUUGUAGGAAGCCUCACAGAUUCUGUAUUUAAAACAAUUCUUAGAUGCGUUUUUGAGAAGGAGAACAAAUCCAUUCUUUAAGUAUUAUGUCAAGGCUUUUAUGCUGAAUCACCAUAGGUUUUUAAGAAUAUACACCAAAACUGUUUACUUUAGAAAUAAUUAAGGUAUUCAACAUAUCAGCAACUCUGACCAGAAAAUCCCCUUAUUUUAUUUAUUUCAUACAGUUCAUUAUCUAAAUACAGAAUCUGCACUCUGAUCAGAUCAAUUAGAUUUAUAUAGGAAGAUAUAAGACUUUAGUAGCUAGUGCAAUAAUAUAAGCAACAAAGUGAACAAACUCUGGAGGGUUAAGGUUCAAACUCAUUUUGGACAGCAGUGAAGUGUCAUCCAACUCCAGAAAACCAACUAUAGGAACAGCAUUAAUGGCCUCAGUGAGGUAAAUCAAAAAGCAAAAGUUAUUUUUGUUAUAACAUCUGCUACAAGACAUUACAUAUCAAACUGAAUCCGGUGGGAUUGCCACGCCGUACAGAUGAGUAUUUCAUUCUAGGCAGUGCAUUUAAUUAUUCUGUUUGCAUAGAAUCUAGGAAUACUUCAUAGGAUUGGCUUCUCAGAACCUAGAAAACGCUUGAUUUACCAAUCUAAUAUGAAAGGCAACAACACAAAAUCACCCACUUCCACCACUGUACAGAAAUACCGCACAGGUCUAAGUGAGAAAUCAUCCUCAUGAGCGAGUCAGCCAGACACGAGUACAUUUGGCACUGAAGUAAUGACUUGUUGCCGCUUUUUUUUUUUUAAUGAAAAGAUAUAUGAAUAUAUAUAAACACUUAAUGAAUUUUUGCAUCAUGCCAGAUCAUUUCUUCUUUCUUGAGUGUGCAUUAAAGGUAUCAACCAACAGUUCAUGGUGCCUUCUCACUCUUGAAGAUUCAGUUUAACAGUGUUUCCCAUGUAUAAAAAAAACUAGGUUUAAACUUCAUAUGUGUUUGAAUAAUAAUGGUGUUCAAAAAGUGAACUCUUUUUUUGUUUUUCAUUUUUAAUCUUAGUGGGAAAUUCCCCACACCCUAUUUUUGUUGUAUCAUGUUUCUUUGUAAUUUUCAUAAAAGCAGUCUUAUUCUGUCUCUACUGCAAAUAAAGUUAUUCCAUUGUAGGUUGCGUUCUUUAAAUUGUGCUCCUUUUUUUUUUUUUCAUUCUCUGGACUGUAUAAAAAAUGAUGACAUGUAUUCCAGUUAAGUAGCUUUAAUAUUUUUUAUUUGAAAGGAAUUAUAUUAUGAAAACCCUCUCUUCUGCUCUCCAUCAGACGCUGCUGUGCUUGCACAGAGAGCCCAUCAUCUUGACUUUUUUAACAACAUUCAACUCUAGUAUUUUUACUCAUGAUAUGAAAGUUUCCCUCCAAAUACUUUAAUAAAAUUGCUUUAACAAGUUAGGUUCUUAUUUCUUGUGGUAGGAGCCUUCUGAAUUUGUAGAGAUGCAACAACUGCUCCAGUUUCUCAAGUUCGAUGUGCGUAUCACUGAGGGAUUCGGGUUGUUCUGUUCCUCCUCAGUUGUUUCAUCUCUGUGCUGAUCAUUAUGCAAAGAUAAUUUUGGAAAACGCUUCUUCAGAGAAAAGCAACCUGUGCCAGGAAUAAAUUGUCUUGAGGUGAAUGUG